AUGAGCUCAAGCGAACCAGCAACAAACACCAAAACUGCAGCAUCAUUAUCAACAGAUGACCAGUCACUGAAGUUCGCCGUUGCAAUUUCACUUCUCCGAUCAAAACUUCUACAAAAACAGCCUCCGCAGAAUCCGACUCGUAACAAUCCUCCUUCAGAAUCCGAUGCUCUUCGCUGGAAACGAAAGGCUAAAGAGCGUAAACAAGAGCUUCUUCGACUGAGAGAAGAUCUCAAGGAAGCUGAAGAUGCUUCACAGUGUGAUUUGUUUCCACAAACUGCGCUAUGCAAAUGCUAUUUCUUUGAUAGUUUGGGGAAAUUAAGCCCUAAGUCAGUCGGAGACGGCUCCAAUCGCAGAUUUAACGAUGCUCUUCUCCGUCGAUUUCUCAGACAAGAUAUAUACAGUGAAAAUGUGGCAGAGCAACUUAGGGCGGCUGUUGAUUUUCUUGUGGAACUUUGUGCCACAACUUCGCCUGUAGAGCAGGGUAAUUUUGCUAACUGGUCACACCAAGCUGCAGAUUUCAUUUUAGGUAAUCAUAGAGUAGUUUUAGAUACCACUCCGCAAGAGAGUAUUAAAAAUGGUGAUUCGGUUGUUAGCUUUCACGAGGAAAAAUUGUGCAGACUGAUUGGACAUGACGUAAAUGCAAAUAGAACGGGAAGUAUUCUUACUAUCUAUGCUAUAAUAGCAUCAUUGAGGAACCUGUUAUCAAUAGGAAAUAACAUGGAGCUCAUUGAAGGAAUUGUUAGUAGCUUGAUUGUGCUGUUAGUUAAAAAGAUGUGUUCCCCUUCACAUGGAGAUGAGUCACAUCAAAUUGACACUGAUAUGCAGUUCUAUAUCCAACACUUGAUCCGCAAGCUUGGAUGUGAGCCUUACAUUGGGCAGCGUGUAAUACUUUCAGUUUCUCAAAGAAUUUCCAUGGUAGCAGAAAAUUUGCUAUUCUUGGAUCCAUUUGAUGAGGCUUUUCCAAACAUGCACGAGUGCCUGUUCAUUAUGAUCCAGCUUAUUGAGUUUUUGAUAUCAGACUACUUGUUAACUUGGUCGAGGGAUGAAGACUUUGACUAUGUGCUGUUUGAAGAGUGGGUGACUUCAGUUCUUCAUGCUCGUAAAGCAGUAGAACUUCUUGAAAGCAGAAAUGGGCUUUAUGUUUUGUACAUGGAUCGAGUCGCAGGUGAACUGGCUAAACACGUGGGCCAGGUUUCAUCAUUUCAGAAGCUCAACCAAGAAAUUUCGAAGCUAGGACUUGGGAUAUUGAGCCUCCUCUUUCUGUCUCAAUCACUUCCAAGUUCAGCUGCCAGGGGUCAAUUCGAUAAAGUUCUAACCAAGUCCCAGCUGCCUCAGGGAAGACAAAAUGACCUGAUCAGUUCAUUUCAGACUCGGAAGUUAGGAGUUUACAUCAGAAAAAGGGCUCGUUCUUAUCCACGUACUGGUCGCAAAUCAUCUGCUAUCGGAACCCAAAUUUCUUCCAGCCAUAUGAUUGGUUCCGUUCUUGCGUCCCUCAGUUUCUUCCUGUUCUAA